AUGAAGAUCAGAUAUCGAAGGCACAAGUCCUUCACUAAACAACUUGCACGUUUCAUACAGAGACAGGAAGACGAAGAGGACGGUGCAGAUCUCGGUGUCGGAUGGGUCCAACUUUGGGUUGAACAAACACCCUCGGCUCCUGAGGCAAGACAACCUUGGUAUUCCCACGAAACCCAAACGACCUUGGACAAGAACUGGUAUGAAGAUCCAGACGGAACAGGUGUGGCUCCAAACACGAUCCGUUUUGUCCCACGAAAACCCACCCGUGAUCCGUCAUUCCCCGCCUCGAUCUUUCGACCACUGCAUCCUCAAGAUCGAAAUCCCUUCCCAGGUAUACCUCUAUGUCCUCAAACUCUCCGCAUGCUGGAACAGCGGUCAGAAGUCUUGUUCGAAUGCACACUCCUUGAAUUGACUUUCGACAAGGAGGAGACUAAACAGCUUCUAUCACAAAAUUUUACGACUGUCAAGAAUCAAUGGAAAGCAAAGACCAAAGAACUGGAGCGACAACCAGGAUAUACUCCAGUACCUCCUCCACUGAAUCAAGCCAUAUCAUCGUCAAUACCGCAUAUUGGUGGCCAAGAGGACAAGGAUCGUGUAAAGUCACCAUGGCCAUGGUCUCGAAAUACCAAGAGUGGAGUGAACGAUAGUACGGCACCUCGAGGAAAUGCUGGCCCAGAGGUAGCAGGGGGCACGAACGCCGGCACACCCGCACCGACAGCUUGGAGACCCGAGCCAUACAGAGGUGGUGGCAGAGGGGGAGCACAGUCUCGAAAGAAGCCCCGUGCGACAAGACCAGCUCUAGAGCUUCAGCCACCUGUGAGAGAAGAAGGCUGA